UAACUCAAAAAUGUUCAGUUCAUUAAGAUUAGCAACCAUGCGCUCGCACAAAAGUCGAGCAAGGCCUGGAAGUGUUGCGACUUCAGCAAGCUCUGAAUCUACACGUCCAGAGGAAAUUGGUCAGCAGCAAUUCUAUCCCAGUAACUUCCUGGUUCUCGAUGAAAGUGAAGGAUCGAGCCCACUCCCUUCCAGCGUAUCAUCUAAGGUAGCUCAAGUCAGGGUUGAGCGAGAAGGAGGUAGCUUAGGAGUUACAUUACGAGGCGGAGUUGCCAGAGCUUUAGUCGUGACGGGAGUUCGAGCAGAUGGGCCUGCUGCGAGAGAAGGUAGAGUAAGACCAGGUGAUCGCCUACUGGCAGUUGAUGAGACCGAGCUCAGGGGUUUGACGUUAGCAGAGGCACAAAGAGCUUUGAGACGAAGCUCUGAUGCUCUGGUUGCUUCACUGACUAUAGAGUAUGAUGUUGCUAAUAUGGAAGAAGCUCGAGCCGCCACUUCCGGACCACUUCUCGUCCAGCUUGAGCGUGGAUUCUCUGGAGAACUUGGCCUAACUGUCAGAGAGACUCCUAAUGGGGUGUGUAUCGAAAGUUUGAGGCCAGCUAGCACUGCUGAUCGAUGUGGAGCUCUUCAGCCAGGUGAUCGUUUAUUGGCAGUAGAUGAAAUGCCGGUUCAAGAUGCAGUUUCAGCGGCCAAAUUGCUCCGUAAUGUUGCAGAAAAUUGCCGGAUAGCUAGGCUUCAAAUUCUACCCAGACCACCUAGCGCAUCAUCUAGGACAGUAAAGAGAAGAGCCCAACCGCAAGCUCAACAAAGUUCUUCUCAGACUUUAUAUACUAAAGAAAGUUUAACUGCGGUGCUAAGACCUGAUCAUAGAGGUCUUGGGUUAUCUUUAAGACCAGCAGAAGACCGCCUCACAUACAUUGUAGAUUUAUUAGAAGCUGGAGGUCCUGCGGAGCGAAGUGGCGUUCUUUUACCUGGGGACAAGGUUCUUGCCAUUAAUCGAAGAAUACUACGAGACUUACAGCCCACAGAAGUUGCAGCUCUUCUCGAAGCUUCUCAGGUCGAGCUGGUAACAGAAUACAAAGUUGGAGGAGCUGUGGUUCCCAGCUCUGGGGUUUUCACAGUAAGAGUAGCGAGACCACUGGGUGGGCAGCCCGAUUUAGGACUGACGGUAAAUGAAGAUUUAGCUAUAGCCGAAGUUCGUCGAGGAUCGCUAGCUCAUCGAACAGGGAGUCUGGCACCUGGUGAUAGACUUUUAGCAAUCGAUGGCCAAAAGUUAGAUCCAGGAGACCUGCGACAAGCUGCUCAAUUAUUACACAGACCUGGAAGUUCCGUGGUAGCUCUCACAAUUAGAAAGCCAGACACAGCUACAGAUACAAGGGAGUCGAGUAUAGGAAAUGAUACGGUGCAGCCUCAGUAUACAGGAGGCAAUCUCAGAUCCGCUCGAGAGAGCCUUCCCAGUGUUGACAGUGCCGUAGACUCAUGGGGGGAUGUCGGUGAAGGUGUCGGUCCUGGCCCAGAACUCCUACGGCUCUGGGAAACGGCUUCAGUAGACAGUGGUCAACUGGAUUUAUCUAUGCCACCAUAUCCAGGAUCCCCUGGGAGAAAUGGCACUGAAAAUAGAUCUCAGCAAAUAGUUCAUGUUUGCCUUCAUAAAGACCCUGUGUACGAGGAUUUUGGAUUCUCCGUUUCAGAUGGUUUGUAUGAACGUGGUGUCUAUAUCAACAGGCUGCGGCCUGGUGGGCCGUGCGACGGUAUUUUAAGACCGUUCGACCGUAUUCUACGGGUUAACGAAGCAAGUACAGAAGACUGCGACUGUUGUCUGGCUGUUCCAUUGAUUGCUGCUGCUGGACCUCGUUUGGAUCUCACAGUUGCGAGACCCCUUUCUCCACAAAAUAUCACAAAAACACUAUAGACACUGAAUCGAAACAAAAAAUUUUUUUUUAAUUUAUCGUAACAGGUAGGGUGCAAACGAACCAAACAUUUAAUUAAUCUAUUUUUGUACACGAGCGUUUAUUUAUAAAAAUAUAUAUUACA